AUGGAGGAAGAAAAAGUGAAUUUGAGACUAGAUGUGGAUGUUCAGAAGCUCGAGGCUGAUAAACUAAGGAAGGGAAAGAAUAAGGCUGAAGAGGAAUUAGAUAGCUUGAAGACGGAUUACAAAAAGUUACAUCUGUCAAUGAGAACUGCCGGGCUUCGAAAAACCUCAGAACAGUGGCGUGAAGAAAUUCGAGAAGAAAGAAACAGGUCAGACCGGUGGGAAAGAAAAUUUCAAGAGGUUCAAGCACGAAAUGAAGCAUUAGAAAAGAGCUUAUCAGAGGGCCAAAAGGAAAAAAGUAAGUUGAAGGACAGGGUGGUUGAGUUAGAAGGGUCUCUUCAUCAGCAUAGAAGUCGAAAUUCUGUAGUAGAGCUAAAGGCAAGUUUAAACAAGAUUGAAGAAACAAAGGGUAAAAUAGAGGGGUUAGAAGUAGCAUUGCGAAGUUGUGAGGUUCGGAUUGAGCAUCUAGAGGCAAAGGAGGGUCGUCAGGUUGAGCAACUUCAUUAUUUCCAAAAUCAAGUAAGAGACAGGGAUCAUGUUAUGAGAGAAGCUGUGGUUCGGAUUCGAGAGGUAGCAGAUCACCUACAAGCUUUAGUAGUACAGGCCGAUGUGUUAAGCGUGAAGUAUGAAUUGGAGUCAGAUUGA